AGACCAGAUUGGAGGUGGUACGGUGAAAUGCUGUUUAACCUGGAAAAACUGUUUAGGCUGUUGGAUGAAAGCAAGUGGUUAAAAAUGAACAAACUACGGCAGAGCUUCAGACGUAAGAAGGACAUCUAUGUUCCAGAGUCAAGUCGACCACAUCAGUGGCAGACUGACGAAGAAGCAGUCCGCAGUGGCAAAUGUAGUUUCCAGGUCAAGUAUUUAGGCCACGUGGAGGUAGAUGAAUCUCGAGGGAUGCACAUCUGUGAGGAAGCUGUAAAGAGACUGAAAUCUGAAAGGAAGUUCUUCAAAGCCCUGUUUGGAAAAACUGGAAAGAAGCCAGUUAAAGCUGUGUUGUGGGUGUCAGCAGAUGGACUACGAGUGGUGGAUGAGAAAACGAAGGAUCUUAUUGUUGACCAAACUAUAGAGAAGGUAUCCUUCUGUGCCCCUGACCGAAACUUUGACAAGGCCUUCUCAUACAUUUGUCGAGAUGGUACAACGAGGCGUUGGAUCUGUCACUGCUUCUUGGCCAUAAGAGAUUCAGGGGAGCGGUUAAGCCAUGCUGUGGGCUGUGCUUUUGCAGCUUGCUUGGAGAGGAAGCAGAAGCGUGAGAAAGAGUGUGGUGUUACCGCCACGUUCGAUGCCAAUCGAACCACAUUCACCAGGGAAGGCUCCUUCAGGGUCAUCACAGCUACUGAACAAGCAGAGCGAGAAGAAAUCAUGAAGCAAAUGCAAGACUCCAAGAAAGGUGAAGCAGAGCGAGCUAUUGUCGUCUCCACGUCUGUUGCGUUACCUGCAACUCCAACAGCUUCACCACCUGCCCCGCCCCCAGUGACAGAAAGCAAGGAAUGUAGCAACAUACAUGCCAUUCCAAGAAGACAUGCACCAGUAGAGCAACUCGCCAGGCAAGGCUCUUUCCGAGGAUUCCCAGUUCUGAGCCAGACAACGUCCCCAUUCAAGAGGCAAAUGUCCCUUCGAAUCAAUGAAUUGCCUUCAACCAUGCAGCGGAAGACAGAUUUCCAAAUUAAAAACACAGUGCCUGAAAUGGAAGGUGAGACUGCAGGUGAAGCGGACAGUAUAAGCUCCUUGUGCUCUCAGAUAACACAUGCGUUCAGUGAUCAAGUGGAAGAUCCAUUCUCUUCUGCCCCAAUGUCAAAACCUACGAUUGGUUCAGCUCCUCAAGUAGCUGCUUCCCAAGUCAAUGGAGCAAUUUCAGCCUUCCCACUGCCUGUUCCAGCACCUGCAGCACCUGCUAUGUCUCCCACAGUAAUGCCAGUGCGUGACACAAACCCUUGGGCCCAGCUCCCUACAGCAUCUAGCGCAGGAACUACAAUUGCUGCAAGCACAGAUUGGGGAUCAACUGCUCCGGUGACGGCCCAAUUUCAGCCUGGUCACAAUCGCACACCUUCGGAAGCUGACCGCUGGCUUGAGGAAGUAUCAAAAAGUGUCCGCGUGCUACCAUCUUCACAGCCACAGCCAUCAGUGGUUGUGCCACCAGCCCCACUAUCCUUUAAGGCCAACACCUUUGUUAGCCCACAUGCGGCACCAGCUGGUGCACAGCCUCAGAUGCAACCUACGUUUGUUUCUGCUCAGCCGUAUAAUCUCGGGGUCACCAAUGGGGCACCGUAUCAAGCUCCAAGUGUGCCUGUGGUUGGAAUCACCCCUUCUCAGAUGGUGGCUAAUGUCUUUGGCACUGCGGGUCAUCCUCCGGUUACUCACACGCAGUCGAAACAAAACAUGUUUCCACAAAUUGAAGGUGGCAUGAUGGGGGUCACUGCAAAUGCUAACCCUUACUUUAAACCUGGCCAGCAAAUCAACGGCUUAGCAGCUUUCAACGGAGCAGAAAGUGACACGUGGACAACAGAAACUAAAAGUGUUCAGAUGGCAGCAGCUGGCAUACCAGGAAUUGAUGCAUUUGAAGCUCAGUGGAAUGCACUGGAAUGUAAAUCAAAGCAACGGGCCACACCUUCUCCAACUAAUCCAUUCUCUAGUGACUUACAGAAAACCUUUGAGAUUGAACUUUGAGCAGGGAUCAGUUUUUUUUUUGUUUUCCUUUGGUGUGUGUGCAAAGUGCUCAGUAUUGAUAAUGGGCAUGACGAACUGCUUCAGCAGUCUCUGAAAACCAUUAGAAACCUGAUGCUAGGCUGGACUGAAACAUCUGGUAAGGUGCAAUGAUCAAAGGGCCAUGUCUGGUGUCUGCCUUGGAAAAGUACUGGUCCUUUUAAUGGUACAAGUGUAGGGGAGCAGCUGCUUGUCUCUAAACUCUUCCUACCUACAGUUGUGUUGUUGUUCUGUGGUGAGGCUGCAGAAUGAUACUGCAGUUCACUAGUGUUGGAUGGAGCUUCCAACUUGGAUAAAUCAAUGCCAAAAUCUUUAUUUUUAUGCAUUAGUAUAUAUAUUUUAAAUAGUUAUGGAAAUUGAGCUGUAAGUAAUCUUGCCAAAGGUAAAACACCGGCUGGUUGUACGAAAUGUAUAUAAAGAAUGGUUUAUUGCUGAUUUGAAUGUAAGUAAUUGGAGUAAAUGUGAUCUUUUAGUUGGACCUUGCCACAGAUCAUUCUGGUGUGAGUAGUACACUUGCUCGAACAGAUGACCAAUUAUAAAUCACUAGUAUGCAGCAGUUAAAUAUUUUUAAGAGUAUUGUUAUGGUCUGCGUAAACCAUGAUCAACCUUUUAUGUUCUGUUGAGCAAGAUUUUAAUUUGUUGUUAUGCUGAAACUUCUCUUUGUUUUCCUUACUAUUUUGAGGUUUGGGGUUUUUAAGACAGUCAGGUUGGAUUGCUGUAAUUGUUGAAAUGGAUUUGCACAAUGUAGUUAAUCUUUGUUGGUAACAAAUUGUAUUCACGUUUCCAACCUCCUUCCUUCCCUUUCUCUGGUGAUCAGUGAGAACCCUCCCACCCCCAUCACUUUCUGGGUAUAGCUGUUCUGCAUCUCACUUGCAAAUUCAGCAGGGUUUUCUUUAGUUUUAUUUUAAUUUUGACUUGUAUGAGCCUUACAAUCACUUGUAAUAAAGAAAUAAAUUUAUACUGGAGAUUUAUAAUCUUUAACAGAAAUAAAUGGUGGUUAGAGAAUGGA